AAAACCGAGUCCUCAUGCCUAAAUAUGUCCUGCUUCCUGUAGUUUUUCCCUGCCUUGCUCUUUCUGCUGCACAUUUCCUCCCUGUUGUUCAUUUUCCAGGGACAAGAAUUAGUUCCUUCAGCCAGGCAGACUUGGCCUCUGGCAGCAUCCAGUACGUCCACACCAGUGAGGAGGAAAAGCACACGGAUGCCUUCACCUUUUCUGUGUCUGAUGGGACAAACGAGGUGAGCCAGACAUUUGACAUCACCAUAAACCCCGUGGAUGACUCCUUGCCCAUCAUGCAAGUCUUUGGGAUGACAGUUCAGGAAGGGGUGAGAAAAACCAUCACGGAGUUUGAGCUCAAAGCGACAGAUGCUGACACAGAGGUGGAGUCCCUGACGUUCGGGGUGGUGCAGCCACCCCGGCACGGGCUUAUGGAACGCAGCGGCCAUGGGCAGCGUCCUCUGCAGGCCACCACCUUCACCAUGGAUGACUUCACAUCUACCAGAAGCGCGGCAGCUACAGGCACCGCGGCGGCAGCGCGCUCAGGGACCGCUUCACCCUCACCGUCUCCGACGGCACCAGCCCCCUCUUCGUGGUGCAGGAGGGAGGGAAGAAGAGCCGAAGGGAGCCGAGCUGGUGACGUGGUGGCUGAGGCUCUGACUCGCACAGUAACCCCCGUGUCUCUGAACUGUUGUCAGGUGUGGCCCACAUCAUGUUUAAGGUGGAGAUCAUGUCCAACGAAGACCGGGAGUGGCACGAGUCCUUUUCUCUGGUGCUGGGCCCAGAUGAUCCUGUGGAAGCAGGACCUAGGGACCUGCUGAUUCAAGGCUGAAGUGAACCUUUAAGAAAUGAGGAACAGGUUGAGUAUGGAAUUAUCAGAGCGCAGCACAACUCGCUGCCUGUUGGGGAGGGUGAAACAGGGAAACCUUAUGAAUGUGAUUGUUUGGCAGAACAUUCUGAAAAAAGAAGGCUAGAAUCGAAGUAGAAAUGAAAGCCUGCUUUGAGUCAUAAGAUACAGAGUACUGGUUACUAUAUGACCAGAGAACAAUAGCCUAGCCAGCUAAAGGAAAAUCCCUGCUGAUAAAACAAUGCCCUUCUGCUGACAGAAAGCCCAAAGGCCAAGAAGCAAGGAAAGAACUUGUAAAGCUUGUAGAGCCUCAAAUGCAACACUGUAUGUAAAGUCUUUAGUGGGUGUAUCUCAUAGUGAUUGGAUACUGGGAAUUAGAAUAUUCACUGUAGAAAAAGAUACAUUGGAUUGUGACAAGAACUUUGCUCUCUUAGCUUUUCACUCUUAAACCUCUCUCUCUUACCUCUUAACCUCUCUCGUACCUCUUGGCUCUUCUCUCUUACCCCUUUACUCCUCUCUCAGCUCCCCUCUCCCCCUCUCUUACCUCUUCCACUCUUUCCCUCUCUUACUCUUACCCUCUUGGUUUUUCCCCUCUUACCCCUCUCUUGUCUCCCCCCUCUCCUAAGCCUCCCUGGUUUCCCCCGCUCUCCCCCUGUUGCUCUUACUCCCUCCCUCCCCUUUUCCUGACUCGAUCUUCUCGAGUGUGACCCGGCUAGCUCAGUGAUGAGGUUUCUCUUCACUCGAGUUUUGAGCCAGCAUAUGUUUGUGAGGUUCACUGAUUUUCUCCAAGAGUUCAAGUCUAUAGAGCGAGUAAAGAAAUCAGGGGGGGACUCUCUCUCUGGUUUGCAUUCCACAGU